AUGGCAUCAAUUGAGCGAGUACACACGGACAAGGCGCCCAAGCCGUUGCCCCAGUUUUCGCAAGCAGUAAAGUACAAUGGCAUGGUCUACUGCUCCGGCAACAUUGGCUUCGACCCGGCCUCGUUCAAGCUGGUCGAGGGAGGUGUCAAGGAAGAGACUAGGCGCGCAUUGCAAAACCUGUCGGCUGUCCUAGAGGAAGCGGGCAGCAGCCUCAAGAAUGUCGUCAAGGUCAACAUCUUCUUGACCACCAUGGACAACUUUGCCACCAUGAACGAGGCAUACGACGAGUUCUUCACCCAAGAUGUGAAGCCGGUAAGUGUCCAAGAAUAA